ACAAUUUUAAAUGUGACCACCUUCUCGUUAUUAGUAGUCGAAAAAUCUUUCUGACAUCAUUUCUACUACCCGAGAUUUAAGGCUCCAUACUCCAUUACUCCUAAUUGGGUGUGUGCCUGGAAAACAAAAUACUCUUGAAGACAAAAACAGGCCACAUCUCAACCGCGACGGUUGGACUUAUUGCCUUAUUGGGCUUUUUGUUGCUUUGGGUCCGGUGAGGUAGAUCACCUCGUGGGCCCAACAUUUAGCAAUCAACCCGGCCAUCCAGGCGGGCUUAAGGAAUUAAUUAUUUUUAUUCUCAAGAAUUGGGCCGAAGUCACGUUUUAUUGUUAUCGCUGCCGACGCGACACUCAAGCUCUUGCUUCGUCUUGGGAAACAAGGAGAGAAGAGGAAAAUGGAGUCAUCCGCUCAGGAGGAGAAUGAGAGAUGAGGAAAAUGGAGGGAAUGGCUAAAAGCCAAAAAGGUCGUAGCUUUCUUCUCCGAGCAGAAACAAAAGUUCCUUCCAUUUCCUUUUCAUCUAUCUUUGUGAGCAACCCCCCUUCCCCUUUGAAUUUUCUUUCCUUCUUCUCUCUCUCUCGUUAAUAAAAGCUCUGCGUGUAGUUCUUCUUUCGCUUUUUCAACGAGACUCUGCAAUCUCCAUGCUUGUCAAGCUGAUACAGGCCCUCCCGUUGGUUUCCGGUAUUCGUUUCUCUCUUCUAUCCCGUUGCCGUGAAUGGGUUUUGCUAAUUCAUACCCUCUUCUUUUAUUAGGGGAAAAUUUUUCCCAUCUGGUUUCAUUUCGGGGUUUCUGGGUUUGCACUUUUUAGAACGUCGAUUCUUAGGUUUCUACCUGGAUUAUCGUGGUUGUGUGAUGUCGCAAUGUGGGUAUGAUGUCAAAUGUGAAUCACUUCCUUGGGUUGAUCUCUUUUUGUUUGGGUUAUGCAGAUUGCAGAGAGGACGUUCUGCGUUUGCUUUCUGGGUUUUGGCUUCUAUAAUGGUUUAAAAUGUGGAAAUCUGUCCGUUUAUAGAUCAAAGGUUCCUCGAUUGCUGAAGCCUUUCUUGUUUGCUCUUUUCAAUGCCUUGAUAUCUAUGUCCUCAAUUUCUUUCUCCGUCUUUUCGAUGUUCUUUUUCAGAUAGUAGUUCAUAUUCAGGAAUUGCGUUUUUUGAAUGGUAUUCCUAUGGGCUCAUAAUGCUACGAACUUAGGAUCAUUACUUUGUCAAGUGGGCUGGGGAUGUCUCUCUCCUCAUGUUUGAUUGCUGUUAUCAGAUGAACUUCUACCCAAAAAAAAAAUUCAUAUUGUUGGCAUUUUACCUUUUUUUGAAGUCUAGUACAGCAGUAGCUAGCAGUUGGAGAAGUCUGCUAAGAAGUGGGGUUCAUAAUUUACAGCCUAUUGAUGUUUGUAGUGGGUUGAAUUUUCUCCAGUUUCUCUCAAUAUAAUUUCCUGAUUCAUGGAUGGCUUUUCCCCCUUUUCCAAUUUGGAUCACAGGAAGUUGCUGCUGGUGGAAUAAGUUCUUGAAAGCUUUCUUGGUAGACGAGGAAUGGAUUUCACAAGCGGAUAGGUUGGCGCACAGAAUCUGUGCUUGAAGCUUGCUUUAGAGAGCAAAAAACCACCAGCAGCAGCUGCCAACAGCCUCUUAUAUCAAGGAUAGUUCUACAGACUUCUUGUGCCAAAUCAUGGAGUUGGAUUAUAGAUUAUCUACAAAGAAACUUGUGGACUGUAGAAUUUGUCAUGAUGAGGAUGAGGACACAAGCAUGGAAGUGCCGUGCUCUUGCAGUGGCAGUUUAAAGUAUGCCCACAGAAAAUGUGUUCAGAGGUGGUGCAAUGAAAAGGGUGACACUAACUGUGAGAUCUGCCAACAGCCAUUCAAGCCUGGUUACACAGCACCUGCUCCUUUGUUUCACUAUGGAGGAAUUCCUGUGAACUUCAGGGGAAACUGGGAGAUGUCUGGAAAUGACUUCCAUAAUCAUCAAUUCAUAGCAAUGGUGACUGAUGAUCGUGAUUUUUUGGACUCCGACUUUGAUGAUUAUACAACUACUCCUUCUCCUACAAGCCUGAUGUGUUGCCGGGUCGUUGCCAUUAUCUUCAUGGUACUCCUUGUGCUGCGCCAUACCUUGCCGAUCAUUACUACUAGAACCGAAGACUACUCUGUGACAUUGUUUACAUUAUCGCUGUUGAGAACAAUUGGGAUUCUUCUGCCAAUUUAUGUCAUGGUUAAAGUCUUUGCAGCCAUCCAGCGUCAACGUCAACUGGUUUCACAUAUGGCGUUCAUGCCAUCUUCGGAUGAAGAAAGUGAGCUCCCCCAAGUAGAAGCUCAGUCUCGACUAGAACCUCAGUCGCGGCUCAUUCGUGUGCAAUGACUGGUGAACGGACUCCACCAAACAAAAAUGGUCAAGCCAGAGCAUCAGCAAUGUCAUGUUACGUAUAGCAACUGCGUGUUGCUGCAAUCUGGGGACUGGAGGGAGCAGUACUGCAAGCAAAUCUUCAAAAUUCUUCCGUCUGUUCUUCCCAUAGUGGUGGAAAUUUCGCUACCUAUGUCAAUCGAGAGAGAGAAGGGAGAUGGAUGUACCUCCAAGAGGUUGGGGGACGUGUGGCUAUGUGAUGUAUGCUCUUGUAUG